CCUUCCCGCUUCAUUCUCAAGGUUGAGCGCGUCUAGCAAGAGCGUCCCAGGGAGCAAAUUUUCAGCCACGCGCCUUCUCUUCACCGGCCUGCGUCCGCCAAGUAGACCAUCUCAUUCUUCUUCAUCCCCUCUUUUCGUUUGUAUUGUAUUGCUCUCAACUAUCAUCCCUGAAGACUCGAUUUUGUAAGACGAUUUGUGCGGAUCACCCAUCACCUGUCCUAGUGUGAGGACCUCAUCCGUCAAGCUCAUCGUCUCACCACUCGCUUGUCGAAUUUCGUCCAUCACGGUCCAUCCCCGCAGCCAAUCAGCCCAGCAUGUCGGACGAGCUGCCGGUCCCCGCCAUCAAUGGCGGCCCCAACCUCGCUUCCGAACCCUCUGCUGGCUACCGAGACGAGCCUUUCUCGUGGCUUCAACCCCACCCAACCUUCAUCAUUGUGCUCGUUGGCCCUGAGGAGAAGCCCUUCGGCAUCCAGAAGGACUUUUUGUGCGCCAGAUCAACAUACUACCGCGACUACUUUAAACAGCUGGAGAGGACGACUUCAGACACCGUCGAGCACAUCGUGAAGCUGCCUCACACUACGGCCGAAGUGUUUGGCUUGACGCAGCUCUUUCUGUUCACAGGACAGGUCUCGGAAGAGGUCGACACGUUCCCUUCAUACGAGGCGCUUAUUGGGGUCUGGAAGCUGGGGCAUAAGCUCGGUAUUGAUGGCCUAUGCGACAAGACUCUCGAGGCAAUGAAGGAGUGCAGACGGAUUACUCGGCAGAUUCCCGCCACUCCCCUUCUCGUACAAGUAUGGAGAGACACCCCGGAGGGCUCAACCAUCCGCAAGCUUCUACUUUCUUGGGCAGCCGAGUACAUGCGGUCGUCCGAUGCUAGAGCUGAGUUCGCCAAGUCGCUUCCUCAAGAGGUUCUGAGCGAGUUGGUCGUGACCAUGAGCUCGCUCGAGAACCAACCUUCCCCGCCGGCAGCUCCGGCUGAUACAGUCUCCGCUGAGCCGACUCCUCGGAAGAGUGUGCACUAUCUCGAGGAGGAUAGUAGUGAGGAGCGAGAGCACCUCUCCAAGAAGAACCGACGCGCCUCCGCGCCGUUGCCGGCUUCGCAGAACAACAACUCCAAGUCCGUUACCCGCGCCCCGCCUCCGCCCGUCCGCAAGGCCGCGGCUGUGGCUGCUGCUGCGGCCGCUACGGCACCGCGCCCGAAGCCUGUGGUCCAGAAGCGUCGCAGCAUCGUUCCGGUAUCGGAUGGUGAGAUCACCACUGAAAAGAAGGUUGAGUUCUGUGCGGAUCUUCUUGACAGAAUGCUUUCAGGACCCGGCUUCUGGACCAGACUGGUGGGCCCUUUCAAGGAGCCUGUCGACCCCGUUGAGGACGGAGUUCCCGACUACUUCAAUAAGGUCAAGAAGCCCAUGGACCUCAACACUGUCAAGGCCAAGAUGUCGCGCCAUGAGUAUCGGACCGAGGACGAGUUCGCCUCCGACGUGCGCCAGAUCUUCGAAAACUGUUACACGUAUUGGACCAAAGGGGACCCCAUGUGGGCUGCCUGUGAGAAGUUUCAGAAAACGUUUGAGGAGAAGUAUGCCCAAAUGCACAAGAACAUCUCCAAGAUGAUGCGUGAGCCGGUCGACUGAAGCAUGAUUUACGACAUUUGCGCCAUCAUCUUAGUCGAAGAAGCAGGGAAUGUGGACCGGCGCGCUCUGCAUGUUGUACAAUAUCUUACGGUGGCGUAGACUGGCAACUUUCUUCAUUUCUUAGGACGCGAGGAGCGAGGCGAGAGAAAAGUUGCUUUUGUGGAGGAUAAUACCCAGACUAGCCACGGAGCAUUGCAAGUUCUUUCUUUUUUCUUCAAUUUUUUACCAUGUGGAAUCGGCCAUAACGAUGGCUGAUAGUGAUGAAAU